AUGCCAUCGCGAUAUUUUGAAAGAGAUGCACACAUAUUCAAAGACGAAUUCGAAAUUCAAGAACUUAUCGGUGAGGGAUCAUUCGCCAAGGUUUACAGGUGCCAAGAGAAGCAGAGUGGUAAAACUUUUGCGGUGAAGGAAAUACGGCUUGAUGAGGGCUUCUCUUUCAGCGAGGCAGUCAGAGAGGAGAUGGAGAUUUGGAAGGAUUUACAACACGAAAAUAUCGUCUCGUUGCACCAAACCUUCCAGGGAAACUCUUCUGUGCAUUUCGUAUGUGAAAAUGUCGAUGGUGGCAAUUUGUUUGAUGAAAUUUUGGGACACAGCAUUUACAGUGAACAACAAGCACGCUCUUUCAUAAAACAAGUAAGAUUUGUUCAAUCAUUAUUUAAUUUUUCUGUUUUAAACUCAUAGAACUUAGCUAAUUUUUAAUACUUCAGGCGAACAUUUGCUUCGAGUGCUAGGUUCAGUAAGUACAUAGAUGGAACUUUUAUUUCACGGAAAAAACGGUAUUUUUAAUGGAUGUUUUUUCUGCCUUCUGAGAGAGAGAGAGAGAUUAUCUUCUGUGAAGGUUUAAUUUGUAAGUGGCCAGUUCCUUACACAGGUUAUAAAAACGAACGUAAGUUCCGUCAAAGCUAAACUAUUUAUCGCAAAUUUUUUCCCACUAAAGGAAAUAAGAUGCGCUGUGACAAAGCAGCACGGAAGGGAAUACACCAAUCUGAAUGAAUUUACGUCACCAGCAUAUCUUAUGACAUUCAUGACCUCUGUGGUUCAAAUUUCUGCCCUAAAGACGAAACCUUAUAAGUAUAUGUUUGUUGAUGAAACAAAGUCUCGAUAUUACAUAACUUCCCAUACUGAAAUUACGUCUGUUUUAAAUCGUCUACAUGGUGCGUGAGCGAAAAAUUUCGCCAGCUAAACAGUUUCGAGCAGUUUCUCUGAACCGGGGUAAGGUGGUAUGGGUAAAAAUUGAAGCCAAAGACGAAAAACACUUACCAAUGAAGGACGCCUUUUGCUUUCAGUUAUGACAAGUUCUGUCAGAACAGCAUAAAGUUCAUUCAUCGAUGUAUAAUGAAACGCAAACACAGUUUUAUUUCGAUUUUAUAUAUUGAUGUCAAAACAUUUCAAAAAAGUACUUGUGACAAGACAACGUUCUCAAUAUUGUCGCAAAAUAUGUUUCGCCUCUCGAUGAAAGGCGUGGCGUCACAAAUAAUUUUCGAGCGUAUGACGGAACAGCUCCGGCCUUGACAACGGCAAGGUUUCAAAACAAAGUAUCGAAUAGCUGUAGCCACACGCACAAAUGUGACGUAAUUCGUUUGUGUAUCAAACGAGCUUAAUCCAAUGGUAGCUGGUGUGAUUUUAGUAUCCUGCUAAGGGUCUAUGUCUAAAUUGAUUUCUCUUUAUUUCGCAGCUUUUAAAAGCCUUGGAGUAUCUUCAUGCCAAGCGAAUCAUCCAUCGAGACGUCAAGCCCGACAAUCUUCUUCUCAGUCAAUCCAGAAUUUCCGAACAAUUGAUUGUAAAACUCGCUGACUUUGGCUUGGCUCGAAGACUGCCACGCGACUCUGACGUCAUCAGUUGUGAAGCGAGUGGCGCGCCCCUGUUCCUUGCACCAGAGACAAUUUUAGAGGAAAUGAUUGGUCAACCAGUUGACAUGUGGGCGUGUGGCGUCAUAUCAUUUAUUCUAUUGGUGGGCUACCCGCCAUUUUGGAGUAGCAGCGACGAAAAAUUACUACUAUCUAUUCUACAAGGUCAUUAUACUAUGCCUUCGCCAUAUUGGGACAAUGUAUCAGAAGAAGCUAAAGACUUUGUGCAACGAUUAAUUGUCAUAAAACCCAGCGAGAGAAUGACAGCUUCGGAGGCGCUGAAUCAUCCAUGGCUUCAAAUGGACCCGAAAAUACCGAUGAAACUCGGUCAGCGGAGGAACUUUGCAGCGGUGGUAAGCGGUGUGCGAGCAAUGCUGAAAUUUAGAAACAUCAGCCCCAAACAUCCUUGCCUCGAAGGAAAUUCGGAAAAAGAGUACUGAGUGAAAAUAUUUUAAUGAAUCUCAUUAUCAAUAGUAAAAUAACUUAGGCCAGAAUGUGUGCCAUCUUACAACUGACCAAAAAAUACGUUUAUCGCUAAAACGUGAGAAACAAACAAAAGAGACAAUCUACAAAAUCAGGACAUUUUUUGUUAGUGGAUACAUGUAUUUAUCUGGUUAUACGAAGCCAUAUCAUCAUUGCUUGAAACAAAAUUUCAGUUUUCUAACAGUAAUUUAUUACAGCCUUCUUUGAUUUUUCUUUUCUAUCUCCACCACGCUGGUAUACUAGCAUUUUCACAGUUCUCUUAUGUUCUAGAAAUAUAGUCAGUUUGUAUUACUUUAUUACUUUAUGCAGGGGCUUUCCUUGUGUUCCCCUUAGAAGGUCAUUCGUCUAAUUGUGCGAUGCGACUACGGUGGUUGUAAAAAUGAUAUCUGGGAAUAAAAUCGAACUUUGAAAGAAGCAAUUUGAACCAUAAGGUAGAAAUUAAGAAAACUGUUUACCAAAUAAGCAGUAGUAGCUAUCUCUGUCCUCUUUUACGGCACAUCGCGUUGCCAGAGGUUCAACUAUGUGUAUCGUAAUUUAAAGUAGAAAUGUUUUGGUAUUUCAAAUGUAGAAGAGUGGCUCCUUGAAGACCG